CUGAAAAAAUAGUGCGAAAAAAACGGACUCCUUAAGGGAAAAAAGUAUAAACACGAUGGCUUUAAAUUUAGUCUUAAUGAAACUACUGUGUAUAAAGUUUUAAAACGUUUCUUUAUUUGUAAAAUGCAGGCAAGAUUGACUAAGGAACAAAGCGAAUUCGCCACCACCUUGAAAAGUCUGGAGGAAAGUCUUCUGUCACGAUUAUCUCAAGCAGAAGGUAAUCUGGUUGGAGAUGUAUCACUGGUUGAAAGUCUAGAAUCCACAAAAGCAACGGCUGCUGAAAUAAAAGCAAAAGCCACGGAAGGCAGUUUGACCGAGGCUUCCAUCAACGAGGCAAGAGAAAUGUACAGAGAUGUUGCCAUUCGCGCUUCUCUAGUAUAUUUCGUUAUCCAAGACCUCGCCACACUCAGUCCCAUGUAUCUUUUCUCAUUAAAAUCCAUCAAAGAGGUAUUUCAUAAGGCCAUAGAUAAAUGUGUCCACACAGAAGCUGUAGCUGCGAGAGUGAGACUUCUUGUUCAAGAUGUCACAUUAUCUAUUUUCCGUUAUGUCAGCAGAGGUUUGUUUGAAAACCAUAAGAUUGUACUGGCCACCCACUUAACGUUCCAG